CGGAAGCAGCUUUGAAGAUUCUUCAUUUCUUCCUUUUCUUUGCUGACUUCCCCAAUUACUCUCUUUCAUCACGUACAACGAUUUUUGAUUUUAAUAAUUAAUUGGAUAUUCUACGAAAUUUCUAUUUUUUUUAGCAUCCUGUGGGGUUCAUUCUUGCGUCAUGUUCUAGAUUGUGUUUCAAUUUCCGAAAAUUAGAUGUGGGUUUGUCCAUUUAUACCGUUAAACUUGUUUGUUAGAAUUUGGGGAAAACUUUAAAAUUUCUAGAUUGGAUUUUGAAAAUUACAGAAGGGGGUUUGUAAAAUUGUAUCAUAAAGAUUUAGUUUUUUGUUUCGAAUUUGAGGAAAAUUUUACGCGUUAGAUGAAGUUUUAUUCCAACAGUAGAAUGGGUGAGAAGAAUGAGUCGUAAUUCAGCAUUUCAGUGAAUAGUAGUAGAAUGCACACAAAGUGUUUGUGUUUAUGCGUGAAAGAGAGUGUCUGUGUUAGGCCAUAUGGGGUCCUUUUAUAUUGGCCCACCUAGAAAUCCCUUGUUUAUUAAAUUAUGAAUUAAAAUAUCCAAGUUAAACUAGAGUGACAAGAAACCAAAAAAGAAAAGAAUUCCCCUACAAUCACUUGUGUAUCAUGCAUUAAAAAUUGUAUUUAUUCUUGAUUUUGAGAAUUUCACUUCUGAAAGAGUCUGUUAAGUCUUGGGUUUUUCACAUUCUUGAUAUAUAUAUAUACAUCUUGCCUCUCCUCUCUUUCCACCCACCUUCCCACUUUCUUUCUCUUUAUUUUGCCUCCUCCCUGCAAAUCAAACCAACCAUAUAUAUCCACUCAAUCCAAUCUGACAACUUCAUAACUAUCUUUUAAACUGCCCAAAGUUGCCUUCUGGGCAGUUUUCAUUUUGUUGUCCAUUUGUCUUUGCAUCAUCAGUUUAAUCCAUAAAAGAAGAUCAUCACUUGAUCCUCUCCACACAUUCAGCAACAAAACCCAAUUUUACUUCGUGUAACACUUUGUUACAAUUUCCAAAAUGGAAACAGGUCAUAAAAGGCCUUUGAUCAAUGAGUUAACUCAAGGCAAAGAGCUAGCUUACCAGCUUAAAAACCAUCUUGACAAAACCAUGUCAGCUCAAAAUUGUGAUUUUCUUGUUGAAAAGAUACUUUCUUCCUAUGAAAAAGCCCUUUCUAUGCUCAAUUGGGGCACUGCUUUUGAUGAAAUCAGUCCAAGAACUGAAGUUUCUGACCCUGCAGAUUCCCCUCAUCGAUGCAACAAGAAUGUCUUCAAGAAAAGGAAAACAAUGGCUAAAUGGAGCGAACAGGUGAAGGUUUGUUCUGGGACCAUGGUGGAAGCUCCUCUUAGUGAUGGUUAUAGUUGGAGAAAAUAUGGUCAGAAAGAUAUCUUAGGUGCUAAUCAUCCAAGGGCAUAUUAUAGAUGUACUCAUAGAAACUUUCAAGGAUGUCUGGCAACAAAACAAGUACAAAGAUCGGAUGAAGAUUCGUCGGUCUUUGAAGUAACUUAUAAGGGAAGACAUACUUGUAUUCAAGCUAAUCAACUAUCGAAAGCAUUGGAGAAAAAACCGAAGAAAGAAGAAGUAGAAGAAGAAGGCAUGAUUCAAGACUCAAAACCGACACAAAAAAUGCAGUAUGAUGAUGGGUUUAGCUUCAAAGUGAAUAAAGGAAUGAAUACUAGUGAGGAAGGAGCCUUUCCUUCCUUUUCAUUCCCUUCAACACCAAUUGAAACUGAGAAGUUGGAGAAUCUUAUCUAUUUAGGAUGCGAUUCAACGACUUUUAUCACCCUUGACCACAACCUCCAGAGUUCGGAUUCUGAUCUUAGCGAGAUGAUAAACUCGACACAAAAUUCUGGCGAGAAUUCGCCUUUGGUGGAUUGGGAUCUUUCACUUGAUUAUGUUGAUUUCGAUAGUAACUUUCAUUUUGACAUCACCGACUCAGAGAUGUUCUCUUGAAAGUACAACUAGUGUUGUUGCUAAAACGAAACGAAACGAAAUGAAACAAACCCAUUAUCCCACUUUGAAAAGCAGUGUCUGUAAAGGGUGAGAUGUAUGCAGACCACCUGACAUCUACUGUUGCCUCUGCAGGUUGUGCUAAUAGCAACUUAGGCGAAGAAUGAAGAGAAUAGAUAGAAUGUACAAGUUUCCCCAUUUUUUUUAGCAAUUUCUAGUAGAUAUGUUUAGUGUAAGCAAGGCACUCAACUACUUUUAUUAUUCUUCUUGAUUGUAAAUUAUUUUUCAAGACGAAUGUUAACGUUGUACGUUUUCAGGGAUUUUGCCAAUGAAUAAAAUUGUUCCUUUUAAGGUUA